CUUUUAGGUUCAAACUCCGCCCGGACUGGCGGCGCUUCGGUAGAGACAUGGCUGGGUCCAGUGUGGUCGCGCAAGUCUUGGCAGCUGCCCUUCUGCUUUUUCUCGCCAUCGUCUUUGGAUCUACGGUCCCUAGGAGUGGGGAAAGUUGGGGGUCGUCGCGGAUCCCUUCCCAGUUCAGCGAGGAGGAGCGCGUCGCUAUUAAGGAGGCGCUGAAAGGUGCCAUCCAGAUUCCCACAGUGUCUUUCAGCCAUGAGGAAUCCAACACCACAGCCCUGGCUGAGUUUGGAGAAUACAUUCGCAAAGUCUUCCCUACAGUGUUCCACAGCAGCUUUGUCCAGCAUGAAGUCGUGGGAACGUAUAGCCACCUGUUUACUGUCCAAGGCUCAGACUCCAGUUUGCAACCCUACCUGCUGAUGGCUCACUUUGAUGUGGUUCCUGCCCCUGAAGAAGGAUGGGAGGUGCCCCCGUUCUCAGGCCUGGAACGUGACGGCUUCAUCCAUGGCCGGGGCACACUGGACAACAAAAAUUCUGUGAUGGCAAUCCUGCAAGCCUUGGAGCUUCUGUUGAUCAGAAACUAUAGCCCCAAAAGAUCUUUCUUCAUAGCUUUGGGCCACGAUGAAGAGGUGUCAGGGACAAAGGGAGCUGUGAAGAUCUCUGCACUCCUACAGGCGAGGGGUGUUCAGCUGGCCUUCCUUGUGGACGAAGGUAGCUUUAUCUUGGAAGAUUUUAUUCCGAACGUCAAGAAGCCCUUUGCCAUGAUCUCGGUCUCAGAGAAGGGUGCCCUUGAUCUCAUGCUGCAAGUAAACAUGACUCCGAGCCACUCUUCAGCUCCCCCGAAGGAGACAAGCAUUGGCAUCCUCUCUGCCGCUGUCAGCCGACUGGAGCAGACACCAAUGCCGAACAUGUUUGGAAGUGGGCCGCUGAAGAAGGCACUGAAGCUGCUGGCAAACGAGUUUCCCUUCCCUGCCAAUAUAGCCUUGAGAAACCUGUGGCUGUUUCGGCCCAUCGUAAGCAGGCUAAUGGAGAGGAAUUACAUAACCAAUGCGCUGGUCAGAACCACCACAGCCCUCACCAUUUUCAAGGCAGGAAUCAAGGUGAAUGUCAUCCCCCCAUUGGCUCAGGCUACAAUCAACUUCCGAAUUCACCCUUCGCAGACAGUCCAUGAGGUCCUGGAGCUUGUCAAGAACAUCGUGGCUGAUGACCGAGUCCAGUUGCAUGUGCUGAGAUCUUUUGAUCCCCUUCCUGUCAGCCCCUCUGAUGAGCACGCCAUGGGCUACCAGCUGCUUCAACAGACCAUACGUUCUGUCUUCCCGGAAGUCAAUAUUGUUGUCCCCGGUAUUUGUAUUGGCAAUACAGACAGCCGACACUAUACCAACCUCACCAAUGGCAUCUAUCUGUUCAAUCCCGUUUUCCUGCAGUCUCGGGACUUCAGUAGUAUCCAUGGAAUCAAUGAGAAAAUCUCAGUCCAGAACUACGAGAACCAGGUGAAGUUCAUGUUUGAGUUGAUCCAGAACGCUGAUACCUACAAGGAGCCAGUUCCCCAUCAGCAUGAACUAUGAAGCGAGGAUUCAGCCGGGUGAGGGGUGCCCAGCACUGGGCCAGGACUCACCUGGAGAGAGAGAGAGAGCAUUGAUGAAAGGUUUGGUGGAAACCACCUUGUAACGGAGAGUUCAUCUGCCUGGCUCCCUCUCCACUCACCACAGAACAAGCUCCAAGGAGGAAGAGAAGAUGAUCAGAAUCUGGCUUGUCAGCCAGGUGUUGGUGGCGAACACCUUUAAUCCCAACAUUCGGGAGGCAGAGGCAGGCUGGUCUUCAGAGCAAGUUCCAGGACAGCCAGAGCUACACACAGAGAAACCCUGUCUCAAAAAAAAAAGAAAGAAAGAAAGAAGGAAUCUGACCUGUUACUUCCCAUGUCUGCAUGUCUGUACUCCUCCCCUGAGUGGCCUCUACUUCCUUCUGUCCUGCCUUAGAAGGCGUUGGCCUGUCUCAUGCUGGUUGUUUAACUAGUCGGCUUUCCCAGCCUGUCUUAGCAAAUGCAGGCUUUAUCUAGCUAGAGUGUUAACUUAGGGCACCUGAGCGAGACUCUUCUAGAAUUCCUUUUCUCCUGCCACCCGCUCUCUUCUUGGACUUGAGAGCUGCCUCCCCUACCCCUGCCUCCUCCCUCCACUUCCGGAUAUACCCCACAUCUGGAGUAAGACUCCAUCAAACUGAGGAGCUCCCACCACACAAUCGGUCAGAUGAAGGGGUCUCUGACAGGUGAGCCUGCAGUGGAAACGCUGAGGGAACCCAGAACCCCUGGUUCCACAGGCCGGGACCUGGGAAAGUGAGCCACUAUUCCUUGGGCUUCUGGAACUUUGCUCCCUUCCCUGCCCUGUUCCUGUCACCUGCUGUUGCUGCCCCACCCCAGGAGGCACUAAUCUGUAGAAACAUUUCCCUGGCACAGCCUGUGGGCUGAGCUUCCAAGAGAGGAACUCAAGAUCCAGCCUCAUACUGGAGCCCAGAACCAGCAGAGCUGUGGACUGGCACCAUGUCCUAUUUCAGAGUGACCAAGGGAAAGUAGGGGAGCAAGGUCACUAGAGGCAAGAGAGGCAAGGGGAGGUAGCCUCCAUUAGAGGAUAGCAGAGCUCCUGCCUUCUCUCUGGACUCCAACCCUAGGCAUAUUUGGUUCUGCCCAGUAGCUGCAGGUGGGGGGCAUUGGAAAGCAGCAGUCUUGACUCAGGGCCAGGAUUUGUGCUUUGUGAAUCACAGGGGAGUCGAGGUCACAAGGGGAGACUCAGAAGUGGGACUUAAAAGACUCCCUCUUUUUCCCUCUCCGAGCGAGGCCCUUCCAUGUCUCCUAAGGGUUUGCUGGCACUGGCUUUCCUUGCCCCCUCCUCAGAACCCCCAUUCUCCCUCAGUCCGGAGUCCUUACCUUCCUCCUGUGGAGGUGAACUGUUCCUUGCAGCUCUUGGCUUAAUUGUUAAUGUUAGAAACAGUGUGGGAAUUAUUCAAGCUUUUUUUGCUACUCCUGCUAAGAUUCACAUUCCUUCCCUCACUCUCCCUUUUUGGCCAAUUCAGUACUUAUUCAGCCUUUGUUGUAGGGCAAGCUUAAGAACAAAAAUAAUCCUUCACAUUUGUGCAGAGCCCUACCAACUCGUUUCCUACACCUUAUCUCAGCCCUGUGAAUAUGCUAUUGUCACUCCUUCCACAGCGAUAGACUUGAUUCUGAGUGGGUUACACAUUUAGCUGGAAACAGUUGCUUGAACCCAUGUUUCCUGGCUCCCAAACCCACCAUUAUUCUCUGACCCUGGAUCACCUACUCCCCACUGAUUUUCUAUUUAAUUCUCAUAACAACUACUGGGGUGUGAGUGUGCCCCCACAUCUGUAUGCUGUAAACUCAAUCAUGUGAGAAAAGUAUUCCGAGGGAGGAAACAACCAGCUACCAUCCGCCUUUGUGGAUGGGGCUGUUAGGAUUAGACAAGGCCGUCACAGUUGAGCCUCAUCCUUGACUUUUGGUGGCUUUUUUCAGAGAAGCUAAGACACAUUUGAUCUGAUUUGGACAUCCCACCGUGAAUACAUGUGUUACUAUAUCACACAGUACCCCAUUAAAAGAGGGAGGAACCAGAAGACAGAAAAGGUCAUGCAUGCAUUCCCUGCAUCUUGCCGUGUGAUGUCCUAUGCUGUCUCUCCAGCAAGAAGACCUCCACUGGGGCAAACCGUGCUCCCCGCAUGAUCUUAAAGCUCCAGGGCUGUGAGCCAAAAUAAACCUCCCCUCUUUAUAACUCAA